ACUGAAAGAUAAAAAUGUCACACAUUAACCAUCAUUUACAGCCUCACUAGUUGAAAUGUUUAAACUUUUAUGAUGCAAAAAGAAAGUGACUGAGCUGUAACUCUAAGCUGAAAUUUGACCCAUGUGAAUGAAAGUUCUGGAUGUUCACAUGCUGCUGAGUUCAAAGGAUAUCCUGUUUCACAGAUUACCUUUCAUCUGUGCAGUUUCACUGCAGACUUCAGUAUCAUGUCCUUUCUGUCUCACUCUAUCCUGUCAGGAAUCCUGCUUCAUUUAGAUCAUCCCUCGUAGAACUUUGAGAUAAAAAUGCAAUAUUUCAAUGUUAGUGUCUCCUUUUCUGCUGAGUUAAUGCAAGUGUCUCACUGCAUGCCAACAAACCAUUCCCUGAAUUAAUAAUGAGCUGGAAGAGGUUCACCAGCAGAGUAAGAGAGGCACUGUAGAGCUGGAUCAGAAGAUGGACCUUAGAAAGAAGCAUUAUGAAAGGAAACGUCAACAGGCAGUGCUCACUAAAUGGUCAAAUUGGGUAAAACUGCACAAGAAGACACAGGCUGCUUCCAUCACCAAACUUGAGAGCGUUGUAAAUGCUGGCCGCCUUCUGCGCAUUGUGGCUGCAUGGCAUAACUUUGCAAAGGACUCAAAGUGGACAAAAGAGAACCUUAAGAGGAUGGAAACAGGACUUGACCUGAAGUCUAACGGAGGAUAUGAUGGACUGUUCAUGCUCUCCAGCAGCCUCUUACUAAAGAUCUUUCAAUACCUCCAAUUUCGAGACUGGCUCACCUGUGCUGAGGUCUGCUGCACAUGGAAAUCUCUGAUACAGUCAGGCACAUUGUGGAGUCAGAUCAACUUCUCUGUAGAGAAACACUGGAUAACAGACAGCACAGUGCAGCAGACCUUGCAGAAAUAUCGUCUGUUUGUGAUCCAUCUCAACUUGCGUGGCUGCACGUCUCUAAAGUGGAACAGCUUGAAAUGUAUCAGUGAAUGCAGAAACCUCCAGGAGCUUAAUGUGUCAGAGUGUGUAAAUGCUACAGACAAGAUGGUUCAGACACUUGUGGAGGGCUGUCCCUGCCUGCUCUACCUGAACAUUUCCUGCACACUUAUAACAAACAAAACUCUGAAAGCACUGUCCAGGAACUGUCUCAACCUUCAGUACCUGAGUCUGGCUUACUGCUACAGAUUCACAGAUAAUGGCUUUACACACCUGAGCACAGGAAAGGGCUGUCACAAUCUCAUCCACCUCAACCUCUCCGGCUGCACUCAGAUGACGUUUAGCGGGUUCAAAUACAUUUCAGAUGGAUGUCCUUCGCUCAGGGAGAUUGUGAUCGAUGACAUGAUCACUCUGUCAGAUAGCUGUUUCUUGGCUUUGAUUGCCAGAUGUCGCUGUCUGUCUGCCAUUUCCCUGCUGGAUGCUCCACAUCUUUCCGACAUUACCUUCAAAGCCAUCGCUGAAGUAGCCAAAUUGAAAACCUUUUGCACAGAGGGUAACAAUCAAAUAACAGACGUCGGUCUUAAGGUUCUGUGCAGCAGCUCACCGGGCCUCCGUAGGAUGCACGCUGCAAAUUGUCCCAUAUUGACUGAUGCCAGCCUCAGAUCUGUGGCUGAUCUCAAAAAUCUGCAGCACCUGAACAUCUCACUGUGUAACAGAGUGAGUGAUGGUGGGAUCAAAUGCUUGGUGGACGGUUGCUCAACCAAUAAACUAAGAGAGCUGAACGUCAGCCACUGCAGAAACAUCUCUGAUAUAUCUGUCAGGAGGAUUGCACAAAGGUUGUGUAAACUGUACCAUCUUAACCUGAGUUACUGUGACAGACUGACGAACAGGAGUCUGGAGUGGCUGAGUGGCAGUUCUAUCUGCUCUCUUGACGUCAGCGGUUGCAACAUCCAGGAUCAGGGGCUGGCAUCUCUCCAAGAAGUUUGCUUAAAGAAAUUAGUUCUUGCCGAGUGUGUCUGCAUCACAGACGCUGGCAUUGAGAAGUUGUGUAAGAACAUAAGAGAUCUGGAGUACGUGGAUGUGUCUCACUGUGUAGCUCUAUCAGACUCAGCCAUCAGAGCAAUUUCAUUUUACUGCAGAGGCCUCAUCACACUGAGGAUGUCAGGUUGCCCAAAGAUGACAGACAUGGCAGUUCAGUAUCUGACGAGUGGAUCUCAAUACCUGCGAGAGCUUGAUAUGAGUUCCUGUGUCCUUCUCACGGAUCGCUCACCUCGACACUUGGAGAGGAUCUGUCCCCCACUUUGCUCCAUCACCAUGGCAUGCUGCAGCAGCAUCUCUAAGGUGGCUGCCAUGAAGCUCAAGACACGUGUGGAGUACUGGGAGCACAGCAGUGACGAUCCUUCAUACUGGUUUUAGUACCACAUGGGCAAAAUGGUUCAUCCAGUAUCAAGACACCUGGGAAAAGGUGAGACAGCUGAAGAGAGAGAGACAGGACAUGUUGGUAGGAGAGAGUGAGGCAGACAUCCACUAAGGGAUCGAGGCUAUGGUCCUUGAGCCUACGACUAGUGCAUCCAGGAGGACUAUAGCCUCCUACAUGGGGCACCUGAUGUACAAACCAAGCUUGACUGGUGCCCCUCGUGCUUGAGACUGUUUCAUUGGAUGGUGCUCAAACAGAGAUUCUGUCUCUGUCUUCAAAUCCAGACUGUAGGAUUAAAAAUUUGUACUCUAA